GGCCAUUCCCUCUGUCAUGCACCACACUCACCACACUCUUGCUUGAAUUUAAUCUCAUGUGGCGCCACUGAACCUGACCAGCGGCGAUGAGCGGCGGCGGCGGCGGAAGCGGGCUGGCGACGGAGCUGGACAGGCUGCUGGAGAUGGCGAGGGAGCUGGAGGCGCGCGUGGAGCGGGGCUCGCCGGCCACCGCCAGGGACCUCUGCGCCGCGCUGACCGCCUCCGUCGACAACGCUGUCCGCCUCGCCGGCACUGGCACACCACGCGGAGGCGGCGCCAUUGCCGCCGCCAGCGGCAAGGCCGGGAGGAAGAGGGGCGCGAUGGAGAAGGUGAGGCGGCAGGUGAGGGUGAGCUCGGUGCACGACCUGGCACCGCUCGACGACGGCCUCUCCUGGCGCAAGUACGGCCAGAAGGACAUCCUCGGCGCCAAAUACCCAAGGGCUUACUUCCGGUGCACGCACAGGAACACGCAGGGCUGCCAGGCGACGAAGCAGGUGCAGCGAGACGCCGGCGACCCGCUGAUCUUCGACGUCGUCUACCACGGCGACCACACCUGCGCCCAGGGUUUGCAGCACCUGCAGAGACACGAUCAGCGGCAAACAGCUGCUGCUGCCGCCGGCCAGGAGCAGCAACAGCAGGAUGAGGGCUUGCCGGUUGGCGCCGGUGGGAUGCAGUGGCCGCUCGACAUGGGGUUCGAGGCUCAGCUCGACGAGCUGUUGUUCCUGGAUCCGUCAGAGUUCUUGCAGCCAGGGUUUCAGAACCUGUAGGUGUUGGGAUCAAGCAGUAGAAUGCAGUAUGGUGAACGUACUGAAGAGUAGUACUGAACACUCGAACUAGUAUUAGGUUCAGAGUUUCAGACUUGGCGAUCACUGGAGGCACAAUUUGAAUCUGAGCAGUUACCUCUAUUCUCGUAUCACUACAAAAGCAGUACCAUCACUAGUAUAUUCUGGAAUCAGCAUAUGCACGAGGAGAGAUUGUGGAGAUUCUGGUAACCUGGCUUUAUAAACUAGAUGAUACCCCGCGCGGGAUAUUAGCAUGCCAAUCACUUCAGAAUGAUGAGAACUCUGAGAGGAUUCUUCCGAACCACUAUUGCACAUGUACCAAGAAGGAAGCUUGCAUGCGAAUUACACAAAUAAAUUGUGGUUGUCCUUGAGUAACCGGCAUACCUUUUGACAAUCCUAGAUUGUUUCAGUUUGCAAAUUAUGAAAACAAAAGCAGAGCUAAGUAGGAAGCUUUUCAAAUCGAUGAAACGACUGUAUUAUAUCA